AUGGAACUCAGAAAUGACUCUGUCUCACUCUCCAUCUCUAUCCACAGUUACACCAGGCCUCUGGUGAAGGACAGGGACCCAAGGGGAGUCAACAAGUGUCUAAAGGUGACCUUUGAAGACGUGAUAGCUGAGCCCCCCUCGGUGCGGAGCUUCAAUAAUGUGUGGCUGUGGAGCCACGCCCUGUUUGAAGUGUCCCGUCUCUGGUGCUACCUGCUCAUCUCCAUCCUCCUGGCCGUGCCCGUCUCUCUGGUAGCAGGGAUCCUCUUCGCUGUCCUCAGCUGCCUACACAUCUGGCUGAUCAUGCCCUGUAUGCACCUCUUCCUGAUCAACAUGCACUGGGUUCAGACUGUGUUGAAUAGUGUGUUAAACAUCGCCAUCACUCCCUUCUUUAAGAGUAUGAGACAGUGCUGUGGUAGCAGCAACGUCCGACUACUACUCCACUAG